AUGGAUGUCCUCACACAGUAUGCCUACAAUGAGAGUUUCUGGGACAAUGAGAAUGGGAGCUUCAAUGACACAGAGAGUGGGCAGAAGCACCCGUACAAUUACUAUGCCAUGCUCCUGACGCUGCUCAUCCUCGUCAUCGUCUUUGGCAAUGUGUUGGUGUGCAUGGCCGUGUCCAGGGAGAAGGCCCUCCAGUCCACCACCAAUUACCUGAUCGUCAGCCUGGCCGUGGCUGACCUGCUGGUGGCCACCUUGGUUAUGCCCUGGGUGGUCUAUCUGGAGGUGGUGGGAGAGUGGAGGUUUAGUAAAAUCCACUGUGACAUCUUUGUCACCCUAGAUGUCAUGAUGUGCACUGCAAGCAUCCUCAAUCUCUGUGCCAUCAGCAUUGAUCGAUACACAGCAGUCGCCAUGCCCAUGCUGUACAACACGCGCUACAGCUCCAGACGACGAGUCACUGUUAUGAUCUCGGUGGUGUGGGUUCUGUCCUUUGCGAUAUCAUGCCCCCUGUUGUUCGGCCUCAAUAACACAGCGACUCGCGAUGAGUCCCUGUGCAUCAUCGCCAACCCGGCCUUUGUGGUGUACUCCUCCAUUGUGUCCUUCUACAUUCCCUUCAUCAUCACUCUGCUGGUCUACGUGCAGAUUUAUGUGGUGCUUCGCAAGCGGCGGAAACGGGUGAACACAAAGCGCUCGUGUCAAGGGACAGGCGACCACGACACAGGCACCACGUUAAAGGAGAAGUGCAGUCACCCAGGAGAUGUGAGGCUGUGCACUCUGAUUGUGAAACCUAAUGGGAGCUUUCCUGUCAACAAGAAAAAAGUGAUCUUCAUCAAAGAGGUGGCCCACGAAGGGGAUGACAUAGAGUUGGACGAGAUGACCGACUGCAACCCUCAGAAACAGAAGAAUGUGGACAAUGCCACCGCCACGCCUGUCAGCCACCAGCUCCUCCCGCCAACCAAGGCCAACGCCCGCCGCACCUCCGUGCCCCCCUCCCCGCCUGAGAGCUCCAUCAAAGUGGAGAAGAACGGUGACUCGAAGGACAUACUGGCGGAGGUGCCCAAAGUGGCUAAAGCGUUUCAGACCGAGGCCUUACCCAACGGCAAAACCCAGACGUCUAUCAAGCAGCAACCCGCUCUCAUGAGUAAGAGGAAGAUCUCCCAACAGAAGGAAAAGAAAGCCACUCAAAUGCUAGCCAUAGUCCUGGGUGUGUUUAUCAUAUGCUGGCUACCUUUUUUCAUCACUCAUAUAUUGAACACCCACUGCACCACGUGCAAGGUUCCUGCGGAGAUGUAUAACGCGUUCACGUGGCUGGGGUAUGUGAACAGUGCGGUGAACCCCAUCAUAUACACCACUUUCAAUAUAGAGUUCAGAAAAGCUUUCAUCAAGAUCCUGCAUUGCUAA